AUGUCUCACGGACACCAAAGCUUAUUAAAAGUUUUUGAACAUCUUGUAUCAACUAGACCAAAAGAAAAAGCUCUUUUCGUUCCAAACGGUGCAGAGUAUGAAGAAAUCAAUUUUCAAGACUUGGAUCUUAUUAUCAAUAAAUACGCUAACUAUUGGAGUAAACAAUUGGAGAAUGAAACCUUGGAGAAAGACUGUGUGAUCGGCUACUUAUCGCAAAGUGGUCCUGAAUACUUAUAUAACUUCAUGGCUUUAUGGAAAUUAGGCUUCACAGUUUUAUUUCUUAGUCCUAAAAAUUCCGAACCUGCAUUGAUUCAUUUACUUCAAGAAGCUAAAUCGAGUAUUCUCAUUUACGAUUCUCAACUUUCAAAAAUCUCCAAAAAUGUGCAAAGUGAAUUAGGUUCUCAGCAUUCACAAACGCUUAAAAUUUUUCAACUUCCUAACAAUUUAAAGAAUGAAAAUAUUGAUCAUUCAGCACCUGUUCUGAAACUAGAUGAUAAUCCUUAUGAAAAAAUUAUUGCUAUUUUUCAUAGUUCCGGUUCAACUUCAUUUCCUAAAUUAGUUCCUCUCACUAAUCGUUAUUUUUUGGUUGUGAAUUCAAGAGAUAAGGCUGAUGAUAUUGUCUUAGCAACCCCUCCAUUAUUUCAUAUCUUUGGAAUGACUGUCAUUAUAACUACUAUUCUCAACCCUGGUUCCGUAUAUGUAUUUCCAAUCGUCUCAGGAUCAGUUCCUUUAGUAAAUGAAAUUUUACAUAGUUUAAACCAAUCUAAGGCUAAU